AUGGCGGCCUCCAUUGCAGGGUGCUGCGGAGCAGCGACGGGCCUGACCCGGGGUGUUGGAGCCUCCCGGGCGCUGCUGCCUGCGCCGGCCUCUGUCGUCUGCUGGGCCCGCGCGGGGCCCGGCCGGCUGCAGAGCACGGGACCUUCCCAGCCCGGUGCGGGCACGUUCCAGCCGCCCCCGAAGCCCGUCAUCGUGGACAAGCGGCGCCCCCCGCGCCGGGAAACCAGGUUCUUGAGUCCUGAAUUCAUUCCUCCAAGAGGAAGAACAAAUCCUCUGAAAUUUCAGAUAGAAAGACAAGACAUGUUAGAAAGGAGAAAAGUAAUCCACAUUCCAGAGUUCUAUGUUGGAAGCAUUCUCCGUGUCACUGCGGCCGACCCGUAUGCCAAUGGAAAAACCAGCCAGUUCCUGGGGAUUUGCAUCCAGAGAUCAGGAAAAGGGCUCGGAGCUACUUUCAUCCUUAGGAAUACUAUUGAAGGACAAGGUGUUGAGAUUUGCUUUGAACUUUAUAAUCCUAGAAUCCAGGAGAUCGAAGUGGUCAAAUUAGAGAAACGGCUGGACGACAGCUUGCUGUACCUACGAGACGCCCUUCCAGAGUACAGCACUUUUGACGUUAAUAUGAAGCCAGUACCACAGCAGUCUAGCCAAGAAGUUCCCGUGAAUCAGCUGAAAGUGAAAAUGAAGCCUAAGCCAUGGUCCAAACGCUGGGAGCGUCCAAAGUUUAAUAUUAAAGGAAUCCAAUUUGAUCUCUGUUUAACGGAGGAGCAGAUGAAGGAAGCCCAGAAGUGGAGCCAGCCGUGGCUCGAGUUCGACAUGAUGCGGGAAUAUGACACUUCAGAAAUCGAAGCUACAAUACAGGCAGAAAUUGAAGCGUCGAAAAAGUCUUGAUCUGAACAUGUAUUUAGAUCCCUGCAGAGGAUAUACUGACUCUCAGAGGUUUUUUUUUAGAGACCAAUUUAAUUUCAUAUAUAGGGACAUAGUUGUUAAAUCAACUAAGCAUUCAUUAUUUUGUGACUACUGUUUUUUUAAAAAAUUGAAUUAGCACCUCCGUUUAUUACUUGAAGAAGAGAAAUACAGUAUACAUGCCAAGUGGUCUGGUGUCUGUUCUGUUACUGGAGACAGAGCCAAACUAUUACAGAAUCCUCCUAUAUAAGCCGAAAUCUGAACCAGGGAGGAGGUGCACAGCCCUGACAGCUGGGCCUGCCCCUCAGGUGGGCGGCCGCCCGACCCUUCUGCUCAGCAGGGCCAGGGUCGCACAGGCAGAAUGUGGUGCCUCCACUGGGCUGGGUGUCACCAGUUUCCCAUCCCUGCUCACCGAGGACCCAGCCCUUCAGUGAAGCGAGAUGCAGCGAGGGCAAAGGCCCGUGGCCGGGCAGGGCAGGCGGCACUGUCUUCUGGAGCACUAGGGCAGGACAGGGUCACCUCAGAGGCACUGGGGCAGGGAACAGUGUGAGAGAGGAGGCAUCUGACCGCAACUCCCCUUGUCUCCGAGCCUCUCCUCCCCACGCAGCCCGCCCUGAGCCAGGCCGGGAGACCGCAGUGUAGGGGCUCUGGCUUCACAGUCGUUGCCAGGCCUCCGUGUCCAUUGCUCUUGGAGAAGACCUAUAUCAGUUUCUGAAACCUCAGUCAGACCAUGUCUCUUCCUGCUUAAAAUGCUUCCAGAUCCUCCCGUCCCUGUGGGGUAACAUCUAUGAAAAGCAGACUCCAGAGCCCUGAACGAGCGGGUGCUGAGGCCUGCCUCUCGGCAGCCCUGACCCCAGCACUGUUAGUGCAGCCAGGGUGAUGAACGCUUCAUCAAAACCAGCAGUAAAUGCUUACUUUAUGUUCCUCACGCUCCGUUUUCAAAGGCAGGGAACAUGUAGUGCACUUUGGAAGGCUGUGCAGAUGUUGGUAGCAGCCGUCAGAGAAGCAGGACAGGGCAGUGGUUCAGACCUGGGCUCGAGCCGGAUGGCAGGAGUUGCAGUCUUGGUUUCCCCAUGCUGUGUGGCUGUGGGCAAGUUCCCUAACCUCCCUGUGCCUCGGUUCCCUCACACAGAAUGGGGCUAAGUCUCUCCCUCACAGCAUUGUUGUGAGGAUUAAUGAGUGUUUUGAAAUGCUUGGGGGAAUGUCUGGCACCUGGUAAACCGGUGUUUGGUAUUAAUAAAUAAAAUGUAUGUACUUACUAAAUUA